AUGCCUGCCGAUGUCGACGAGUUUUUGGUGAGAGAAGGACGCUGGCGCCAGCGGAUGCCUCCCGCAAUUGCACGCUGGGCGCACGCAGCCGCAGUCAUUAAGGUUCCCCCCGCCGCCGCCGCCGCUGGACAGAAGGCGCUAAUUGGCGUUUUUGGUGGAUGGGAUGGAAAUGCACGCCUUUCCUCCUGUGAGCUCUAUGACGUCAGUCAGGACAGGUGAGAAGACGCCGGCCGUCGUGGCACAUCCUUUUUUUGUUAGAAAUAUCACUCAUUCACUCGCUGCCCCGUUUACCCUCCGCCUCCCCCAAACAGAUGGCACAAAUUGCCCGAUCUGCCGGAGAAGAGGAGCGGUCCAGCUGCUGCCUACCUACCCGGCGACAGUCGGGUCUUCGUUUUUGGCGGUUACGAUGACUCCUUCUCCGCGCUGGCUUCCGUGGUCUUCUGUCAUCUGGGGGCAGACUGGCAGGGACAGGCGAUCUCAGCGGACUUUUGGCAGCCAGCUGCCCCCAUGAGAACUGCACGAUGGGGUCUCGCAGCGACGCCAUUUCGGGGAGCAAUCCUGGUCGCUGGUGGAUACGAUGGCCGAGCUCUCAACGUCUUUGAGAUGUUCUCGGUGCCAGACACCUGCAGACCCCUCGGCCAGUGGACAGAGCUGGCCGGCAUGAAGCAGCCUCGCAGGUACUUCAGUCUCCUCACCGCCGCCAGCGCCGUCUUUGCUUUCGGUAAUGCAACACACAGAUUAGAUGGAUCCCUUUAUGCCAUUUGAUGGCCUCUUUCAUGUAAACCUACUUUUUUUCUGCGAGUCUGAAGGCUUAAAGUACCUGACAGAUGACGCCAAAUGCAACUGUAAUCUGUGACAUGACGCCGUGGAGGUUUUUCUCCUGAGUACUGCCCCAUCACAGCCAGAAACAGUCGGCGUCAUUGUGCAUACUGCCGACCCUUUAUUUUUUUAACAAAACUCUUUUCUCUCUGGUGUCUUUCCUCUUCAAAUGCCACUUCGCUAUGAUUAUUCAAAUAAAGCAUUGUAGGCAACGACGACGCAUGGAAAAACACCGUGGAGACUCUCACGGCACCAGAAGGUUCAACCAACUUUGA